AUGAAGGAAGAAACCCCCAGGGAAUCGCCUGACGAUUCGCGGGCCGACGACCAGUCGAACUCGAAAUCCGGCGUCAAUUUAGCUUCCAAGGACCGGAAUUGCCAGUAUUGCGGUCAACCAUUCACUUCCUCGUCAUUGGGCCGCCAUCUUGACCAAUUUCUGUUUAAGAAGAAGCCUGAUGGGAUUCACGAUGUGGAGGAGAUUCGUCGCAUCCGCAGUGGGAUUACUCGUCGACAGGCCCGCACGAAUUCAGGCAAGCACGAAGAUAGCCCGGAUCGCGUUCACAAAAAGGGCCCAUCCGACUCUUACACAGCUACGGGAGAAUCAGCUUCAAAGGCACGCGAACCUCCCCCGCGCAUGAUGUUCAAUACCCCGACGUGGCAUGCGACCGGCGUCAUCAAUGAUAUUCCCAACCCAAGUCGCGUGCUAGAUGGACCUCGAAUCAUGCCAAAUCAGUCGCGGGCGGGCUCAUUACAGCUUCCCGAUUAUGCGAGCCGAGGGGCAAAUGCCAACAAUCCGGACACGAUGAAGGCGCUCGAGCUGGCGUUACACGAGGUGCUGGACAACAUUAAAGCUGCGACUUCGCGUUUUCGGCCUCGACUGUCGCCCUUUGAAUUUGAUAUCCAAACCCAGACCUUCCCCUCCCUAUGCCUCCAAUUUCUCCCUCCUCCGCCGAGCUUGUUCGCCUCCCACCCCUUCUCCUCCCCAAACUCGUUUCCACUCCAAGCACCUGGAGUAGAGCAUCUUGAAAUUAUCCGACAAGCUCUUCGUUCCAAGGUUGCCCAGUGGAAGUCCGAUCAGAUCGCGGGAGACCCCAGCGUCCACACGAAACACCUGGGUUCGAGCCCUGACCAUAACAUGAUCUACCGGACCGCACAACAGCAUGAGGAGAUAGGAUUGAGGCAUCUAGAGCUAGCUUUCAAUCAUUGGAACUCUCUCCCCCAUGAGACGCGUCGCGAGGCCUGGCAGCUGGAGAUUACUCGCGCGUUUGCCCGGGAAGCCGAGCAGCGCAAGUCUGUGGAUGAGCAGUUGGCUCGGGUCCAACAAGAAGCGAACCAGCUGCGAGCACAGGUGGAGCGUCUUGGGUCAUGCCAGUGGCCGCGUGAGUUCGCCCUCUUUCCUCCGGACACCCUCCCACUCUCGCGGGAUGUUGCCCGAGAGUUGGAUGCGAAACAGAGCCAGAUCAGUCCGGAUUCCAUGCGCUGGGACUACGACCACGUUGUCAGCAAAUGGAAGCGUGUUGUAAUGCACGAUAAGGGCAUGGGUCGAAUUGGAGUGGGCUAUGCCGCUAGCGAUCUAGAUAAUAGCCAACAAAGUCCUAACGUGCGACCACCCCGACCAGGCGAGGAUACUUCGUCUCAUCCAAACCGCCUGCGACCUUUGCAGUCCGCCAUCGCCAUGAGUCCAGAUGCUGGUGCCGCCUCCACGCCUACCUCCUCAGCAAACUACGCUUCCCCAUAUUCGCAUGGCGAUCCCCGCAGCCCACCUGCUACCAACGCCGGAGCCCCACAAGCCAAGCGUCCUCGCUUGAUGAAUGGGUCUGAGGGCCCAGCCGCGCCGUCUUCCGAUUCUGCCCCUUCAUCAGCCAGGCCAUCGGGUCCUUGGCCUUCUUCAUCUACUCCUAUCCUCUCUAAUUUGGCAGCGCCAUCAGGGCAAACGCCCCCUUCGUCUGCCAGGUGA